UAAAGCGCUUCGAGUGGUCAGAAGACUAGAAAAGCGCUAUACAAGUACAGGCCAUUUACCAUUACCUGGAUAUAUCAGUUUGUCCGAUACGUUUUUCCACUGUCUUUAUGUCAUUGUGUGGCAUACGGAUACAGGGGUAAAGUGGCGCUGUUGUUGUGCUGUGACAACAAAUCUGCUCGACUAAUCACAAAACGCGCUGAUGGCAACCUCUUCAACCACCCAGCUAGGCAUUCAAAAGAGCAUUUUUUGUAAGGAGCCAUUAAUGGGAAUGUAAUUUCCAAAUGUCUAACAUUGUUCUCACUUUUGCAGGUUAUUUAACUGUUUCCAUUGAGCCUCUUCUUCCUGUUGUAAUUGGAGACACAGUGACACUCAAGUGCAACUUCCAAACAGACGGCAACCUCAGAGAGAUUGUGUGGUUUCGGGUGAGCACACAGGUGAUUGAAGGAGGCAAUGCCAGACAGAAGAUUUUCACUUAUGAUGCCAUGUAUAACACCAGCUUCUCCAACAUGGAGGGCAGGCACAGACGAGAGGACUUGGUCUAUCAGUCUACUGUGCGUCUUCCUGAAGUCCAGAUGGAAGAUGAUGGUCUCUAUGAGUGCCAUGUGGGGAUUUAUGACAGGCGCUCCACAGACAAAGUGAUUCUAGCCUCCGCCAGCAUCACCCUCACUGUCAUCGUACCUCCCAAGUCAAUCUCUGUGGUGGCAGCCAACAGCCCAGCUCCUUUCAGCCGCUACGAGGCCCAGAACUUCACUCUGGUUUGCAUUGUUACUGGAGCAAAGCCAGCUCCCAUGGUGUACUUCAAGCGGGAUGGUGAGCUUAUUGAUGUGGUGCCAACUGCCCAGUCUUUCUCUUCAGUGGAAGACCGAAGUAAGGGCCCAGGUCUCAGAAAGAGCCGGGACAGGACUCAAGUGGGGUAUUGGAGUUCCGGGGGGCUCACCAGUCGAGACCUUGAUGACACUAAACUCCAGAAGUCCCUGUCCCUUCUGGAGCAAGAGGGGAAACUGGCUCGGCUGGGGCAAGAUGGCCCCGAAACAGGCCUAGAGCAAACGUUCGAGUUCGAUCCCGAGACGACCACUGAGGUGAUCCCCGAGACUGUAGUGAGCCGGGAGUUUCCUCGCUGGGUCCAGAGCAGCGAUCCACUCUACUACUUCCAGCACCGGCAGCAGGCAGCAGGUGAUGGUACCAUGGAGGUGAGAGCCAUGCUGACCUGGAGCCUCAACCCCCAGCUAGACAACGAGGCUCUGUUCAGCUGUGAGGUCAACCACCCUGCUCUGUCCAUGCCCAUGCAGGCCGAGGUCACACUGGCUGCUCCCAGAGGACCCAAGCUGUCCAUGAGCCCCAAGAAGGCCAGGGUAGGAGAUACAGUGCGGAUCACAGUCCAGGGCUUCCAGCUGGGGCCUUCUGCAAGCGAGGUCUUCCCUGAGCCCAUAUUCACCUGGACGAAGGUGGGUGGCCAUCUGCUAGAUGGCAGAGAGGGGCAUGACGGAAGGGAACUCAUCCUGGAGCGAGUUCCUGCUGAGCUCAAUGGAUCCAUGUUCCGCUGCAUGGCCCAGAAUCCUCUGGGCUCCACAGAAACUCACACCCGCCUCAUGGUGUUUGAUAACCCGAGACUGAAGAAAGGAAGAGAGCGUUUAUUUGCCAUUGACGCGGCGGCCAGUCAGUUCUCCCUCACAUUGACCUCCAUGUUGCUGCUGUUGAGCUUCACCUGCGAGCUGACGUGACCAGAGGCUCUGCUGCUCCUCCACGCACCAGCACCCACAUGUACCUGAGGCGCUGGCUCUCAGUGACCCCCAGCAGAAGCCUAACCCCCACCCAGCUUUUCCACCAGUGGUGAACAUUAAAAUGCAGCAGGACUUCCCCUCUGGGAGAGACGGCAGAUACUGAAACAGCAUUAGCCACCGUGCAAAUGUCCAGAAGCUGUUGAGUAUACCGUUACAUUGUGAGCAACUUUGCUGAUGGGUCACUCAGAGGAGAGUGACCCAUCAGCAAAGCUGCAAAGUGACCCAAAGCAAAUGCAGCAAGAGACACUUGCUGCAUUACACUGAG